GGCCCUCGCUGGGUGCCCGGGCCCUGCCCCCUCGGGCCUGCAGAGCGCAGAGCGCAGUGCUUGCGCUCCGGGGCCGGCGCGCUUGCCCCUGGAGAGGGGCUGAGCCCCGCAGCCCCCCGCACCAUGUCCGAGUUCCCGUCCAAAGUCAGCACCCAGACCAGCACCCCGGCUCCGGGGACCCCCCGCUCCACCCUCCCCGGGCUGCGCGCCCUCCGCCCCGACCUGCGCUUCCUCCGCUCUUCGCUGGCCGCCCUCAUGCUCCUGGAAAUGGUGCUGGGAUUGCUGGUUUGGGCCCUCGUUGCUGACACCCCAUACCAUCCCUACCCGGCUUAUGGCUGGGUGAUGUUUGUGGCUGUUACCCUCUGGCUGGCAACAAUCAUCCUGUUCGUCCUCUAUUUCCUGCAGCUGCACGUGAAACUUUACAUGGUUCCCUGGCCUCUGGUGCUGCUGAUUUUUAAUGUGUCUGCUGCCAUCCUGUACAUCACUGGCUUCAUAACUUGUUCCGCGUCAGUCCAAAGCACAUCCCACCGUGGCUCUCUGUCCUACAACAAAAGGGCCGCGGCCUCGUUCUUUGCCUGUCUGGUGAUGAUUGCCUAUGGGGCAAGUGCUUUCUUCAGCUUCCAGACCUGGAAAGGAAUUGGCAGCAAUGCAGCGACCAGUCAGAUGACUGGCACUAACUAUGCUUAAAGUCACCAACGCCCAUGGGCCGCUUUGGUUCUGACAUCUACCUGGCAACGGGCUGAAGCUCUGGAGAGCACCGUUCACCAGAUACGAGGCCUACUGCCAACGUGGCUGUGGCCGAGGGCACCCAUUGAUGCCCGCCCUCCGUGACUUAGAGAAGCAGAAUCUCCACCCUGUAUUGACGCUGAUUGAUUACCCGCUGGUAGAUCCAAGAGAUAGGCUGAAGGGUGACCUUCUCAUCACCAAAUGCGUUCCUAUUUUCAGGAAGUUCCUGGGAGAGGAAGAGGGACAAUGGGUCUGUUCGGCCCCAGCUUUGUGGUGAACGAUAGACACGGGGCAACUGAAGAUUUUUACGACACUGUAAGCUCCUUGUGGGCAGGGAUCGUGUCUGCCUGCUCUGUUACACUGUACUCUCCCAAACCUGUAGUACAGUGCUCUGCACACCGUAAGUGCUCAAUAAAUACCAUUGACUCUUACUGUCCCAUCAGUAAGGUCACCUUAAACUCCCUGCAGUUAAAUGUACAUAAAGCUAACCAUAGGGGUCUUAGUGUUUCAAAAGGCUUAGCCAGCCUUAUGCUUAAAUUCCUUCUAAUCAUCUGAUUUCUUAAAACUUACUCCCUGUGAUUGUUUUAAUAACUUUUCUAAAGCUCAAGUUCCAUGGUAGAGUUUUAACAGCAUUUGACGGUGCAGAAUUCUCCCCACCCUCCUCCCACCAUACUUACGUGCUAGUUAAAAUUAUCCUUUGAGCAGAAAAGAAAAUGUCAUGUUCACUGGCGUACCAAACUAGGAGAAAAAUCAUUUGAAGUUAAAAAAAAAAAUUCUUAAAAAUAGUAUUAAGUCUUCAUCCUCGUUCUACAUAUCGCACGUACAAAGCAGCACAUAAGGGAUUUCUUGGUGAGUUUCAAAUGAGGUGGUUAUUUAGUGGUGAAAGACAUCGGUAUUAAAGCCUUUAAAAGGA